AUGUCUUCGCCCGAGAGCCCUCAUACUCCGCCCGUUGGCGCUACCAUCCAUCAGCUCGAGAUCAAGACCAUAUUCGAUGCCCUCGACGAUCGCGACAAGUUGUAUGCCCAUUACCUUGCACGGGCAGCAUGGCAUGGAAGCAGGAUCAUCAUGCGGCAGGUGUCGCCGGAAAGCCCCGACAUCUUUGACUUCAUCAUGGAUCUCUACCAUGCCUGUGAUGGGAAAUGGGACACCUUGGUAGCGCAAUGCAACAUCACUCCCGGAGAACUGGCUUCAUUUCUCGAGUAUGCCGCCACGUUUCUUUGCAACUUGGGCAACUUUUAUGGAGAGGGCGACCAGAAGUUCAUCCCUGACGUGUCGGCAGAAGCUCUCGGGAAGCUUGCUGGUGUUUCCCCAAAGACGAAAGCUGGGCUAGACAAGAUCAUUGAUCGUUUGUUGGCAGUUCCGCCGUUCAGUCUCGGAUACCCCGGCAAGAAUGCACAGUCGGGCUACUACCCUACCGAGGAGCCCAUUACUAAGGACGACAUCGCCAAGGUCUCAGACAUCAUGAACAAAAGGUUAAUCGGCCCGGAGAAUACACGCGUUCGAAAAGUGCUCAAAAACGGCAAGCCUGUGUUGCAGGUGUUGCAAGCUUCUGCAGAAACCCAUCUACCCAAGAAUGGCGACAACGAACUAGCAGACGGCAUCUUCCUUGUCCGAGGAGACCACUCGGAGGAAUUGGCCAAGAUCUGCUCCGAUUUAGAAAUAGCAAAGCAGUAUGCCGGGAAUGAUAAACAGACCGAGUUUUUGACACAAUACAUCGAAUGCUUUCGCACUGGCAGCUUAGAAGCCUUCCAAGAAUCGCAAAAGGCUUGGGUGACGGAUGUAUCAGCCAGAGUCGAGAACAUACUUGGCUUCAUCGAGCCUUACCGCGACCCGGCUGGAAUCCGCUCUGAGUGGGAGGCUAUGAUAGGCAUUGCCGAUGCCGAUGAAAUCAAGAGAUUGAAAACCUUUGUCCACAGCUCAGCUACAUUCAUUCGACAGCUUCCAUGGGCGGUCGAAGGUGUGAAUGACGGCAAAGGACCAUAUGAAAAGAGUCUAUUUGAGGCUCCAGACUUUACUAGUGUCCAUGCGCUGGCUGUGUGUGGAAGCAUCGUCUUUGAAGCCGCCAAUCUCCCAAAUUAUGAUUACAUCCGAGAGACCCGUGGCUUCAAGAAUAUCGUCCUCGCGAAUCGCCUCAGCGUCAACAACAACCCCGACCUUCCCUGCUACUGGGUUGACUCGUCCGAACUCAAGUUUUUUAAGAAGACGACGCACAUUGUGAGGUUUCUCACCACUGCCAUCCAUGAAUUGAUCGGCCACGGCACAGGCAAGCUCCUCAGCGAGACGUCGCCAGGAACCUACAACUUUGACAAGCAGAAUCCUCCAAUCAGCCCUCUCAGCGGGGAAGCCGUAACUUCAUACUAUCUGCCCGGCCAGACGUGGGGAAGUGUGUUUGGGAAGCUGGCAGGAACAGUCGAGGAAUGUCGUGCAAUCUUAAUGUCGGAAUAUCUCAUGGACAACAAGCAUCUGCUGAGCAUUUUCGGCUACACGGACAGCAGCAGCAUCACAGCUGAAGACCUUCUCUACGCAACAUAUCUCAACAUUGGCGUCGAUGGUCUGCAAGCACUCGAGCAUUAUAACCUCCAAGACCAAGCCUGGGGCCAAGUCCACCACCAAGCUCACUUCUCCAUUCUUAAACACCUCCUACAAGACGGGAACGGAGUCAUCUCCAUCACCCACCAUUCCACGCAGCAAUCUCUCACAGUAAAUGUUGACCGGUCCAAGAUCCUUUCCCACGGUAAACAAUCUCUGGGCUCGUAUCUCUGCAAGCUACACAUUUGGCGCUGCACCGCCGAUGUAUCUGCAUGCAGCAGGUUCUAUGAGCCUCUGUGCAUAGUUGAUGGUGUGUAUGAAGAAUGGCGCAAGAUUGUCGUGUCGAAACCCAAGAUGAAGUGGAAGUUUGUGCAGCCAAAUACCUUCCGAACGGGUGAAAGUGUCCAAGUCAAGGUUUACGACGAGACUAACGAGGGUAUUAUCCAGUCGUGGGCUGAGAGGGACAUCUGA